AUAAUGUCCCACUGGACACUAACGCACCUUCAGGAUCUACGGACGCUAAUGCAUCCUAUCUGCCAAGUUUACCGAUCGCGUCGUGCAACGGUCUGCCAGGAGAGGAAAACGAAGAGAAUUCUCUUUCGAUCCUCCGCUAGUGACACCUUCGCUGCCGACUGUUACUUUUCCCGCAGCCAGCAGCCGAGACGUCAUCCAGACGCCGACAACUGUGAACCAUGUUGCAAGUUGAUGCAAACGCCAUGUUGGAUACAUUCCGACAGUAUUCCUGAUGAACCGGUCAUACCAAUGGCUACAAGCAGCUUGCCGAAAGUCUUGUAUAUGGACGUCUGUGAUGAAUCGCCGACUGGUAAAACUGUUUACGUGAGGGAAGCAGUAAUGCGGCACACGGUAUUCGGCCCGUUGAUCGCUCCAACCGUGUUCAGUGACGACGAGAAAGCCCGAUAUGUGGAUGUUUCCGAUUUGGGCGAGGAAGCCAAGCGAAAGCAGUACCAGCUGGAUUCGGAUUACCUCUGCAACUGGAUGAAGCACGUGCGACUGGCGGACAGCGUGGAAGCGAGCAAUUUGCUGGUGUUCGCGCGCGGAUGCGAGAUCGUCUUCGUCACAAGCCGAACCAUCUCCCCGCACGAAGAACUGCGCGUGUGGUACUCCAGACAGUAUUUGGAUCUUCUUAAUCCCGUAACACCUCAGGAUGUCGAUUCGGAUGGCGAAAUGUCUGGUGUCGAGGCUGAGAGAAGAAUGCCUGACAGUGUUAUUAAGGAAGAGUCCUUUGCUGACCACUGCGGCGAGAAAAUGCUGGAUCCUUUAUCCUUCCAAAGAUGCAGCACGGGGACAGUUAUUCCGCAAGAUGGGUGCAGAAUUUCCGAACCUGUCUGCAGUGUGGUGAACAGUUUGCCAAACUGGAGAAAUUGUUGAUGCACAUUGAAGUCCAUGGUGUCGCGGCGCGCAAAUGUCCCUUGUGCGGUCAACGUUUUGCGGCACUAAAGGCGCAUCUUCGCCAAGACCAUCAGCAAGAUGGCUUUCCACUAUGUGAUAGCAGCUUUCCACUACAGAGUGC